AUGGCGAAUCGACGGCAAUCGGCGCCCACGCGGGCCCAACAACGCGUCUAUCGUCAAUCGCAAAUCCGGUACGCGCCGGGCGCUGGCGGCGAAUCGGAGAUCAGCUGCUGUGUGAAAUACUCGGUGUUCGGAUUCAAUGUGAUAUUCUUCAUUUUAGGAACUGCAUUAUUAUUGGUUGGAAUUUGGGCGCAAAUCGAGAAAAAUAAUAUUUAUAGUCAUCUGAAUAAGGCAUCGAAAUUGUACCUCGACCCGACGUGGUCGGUGAUUGUUGUUGGAUCCCUGACGUUUCUCAUAGGAUUCAGCGGAUGCGUCGGCUCGUUGCGCGAGAACACCUCGUUCCUCACCUUCUACUCGACACUUCUCGGUUUGUUGCUGAUUGCCGAACUUGCCGCGGCGGGAUUCGCGUACGCGUGUCGAGACCAACUCGACACAUAUGUGAGAAAUCUACUCAAUGAUGUGAUUGUCGGCUAUCGCGAUGAUCCCGACCUUCAAGUGCUGAUCGACACGAUGCAGGAGAACUGGAAAUGUUGCGGAAUCAACGGCGCCGACGAUUGGGAUCGCAACACGUACUUCUCGAUUGCCGCUCGCGACGUCGCGUCUCCAGAAGCCGGCGGAGUGCCGUUCUCGUGUUGCGUCAACAGCAGCGAAGUGUCGUUCAAGAAUUUCUAUUGCGGACACGGUGUUCGACUCAAGACUGAUAGUAAUAAUCAAAUGACGGCGCGUUUGGCUUCUCAACGGGUUCUCGCCCAAAUCGAUUCGAUUUAUACCGAAGGAUGUCUGCCCAAAUUACAAUUAUGGCUUACUAACAACAUAUUCAUUGUGAUGAUUAUCAUGGUGAUUGUCGCAAUUAUACAGAUUCUCGGCAUUUGUUUCGCUCAAAACUUGAAAAGUGACAUUUUCGCGCAACGGGCCAAAUGGUAUUACACGCAUUGA